AUGGACGACGACGAGGCCCCUCCCUACUGCAUGACGACGAGGCAAGAAGACGCACUCGACGCGUUUGAGGGUGCUGUAGAAGAGAGAGUCAAGGGAGAAAAGGUGUCAGACCAUCAGAUAGACCAGCUAUGCUUGGCCUUGGUGAUGGCAUUGUUAGACCACCAGCUCAGGCAGAGCCACUACGACAACCCCAUCAUUAGCGCACUGGCCGUCAUGGGGCAGCGGGAGGGUGGCGGCUGGGUACGCGUACUGGACUACACGUCGAUCUACGCCGCCGUUAUUAAGGGGGCGCGUAUGAUGGUGCUGUACCAGUCGUGGCAGGAGCGGGAAGACGAGGUCGCGAAGCUGCAGGGGGGGCGCCUCGGGGAGGAGGCAGAGCAGGAGGCACGAGAAAUGGCCACGCCGCUAUUCCAGAUUGUACGGGACAAGGUACAGCGCUUCAUGAUUAAGACAUCGGGUAGGCCCAAGGCCCUGCCGACACCCAUGGACUGGAUGUUCGAGGCGCUCACCUACGGCAAGCACGUCCAGUUCGACACGCCAGCAGACGGCAAGGUCGACUGGGUUGGGGAGCAGAUCAGGUUCCAGAAGAUCAAGUUCACCAUGGACCAGCUAUCAGAGGCCCCACAUGCGCUCACCGACGAGGCACGGACGUGGCUGGCCAAGCUGGCCGAGGUCGACGACCUUGUAGCGCUGCCGAGGAUCCCAUGGGCCAGGCUAGAAGACGACCAUAGCGAGGCCCAGGGCGGUAAGGACUGGGUUAUGACGCAGAUCAGCGAGUCCAAGGCGCGGGUCAAGGCGGUGCGCCAGUACGGGAAAGCGGUGGACCAGUUCCGCGAACGGCUAUGGAUGCCAAUGCAUAUGGUGUCAUGGCAGCCAGCGCGGACGACGGAGAUUUUGGGGAUCCGGAUGGUUAACACGGUGAACGGGGGGGUACGCAACAUCAUGGCACACAACCAGAUGAUGUGCUUCGUUACGUCGUACCACAAGACGUUCCGGGCCACAGGGCAGGCCAAGGUGAUACACCGCUACCUGCCACGCGAGGUCGGCGAGCUAUUAGUGUGGUAUCUCUGGUUGGCGUUGCCGGUUUGGCAGCAGGUACGGGGCAUGGUUAAGGGGGGGAGGCUCAGCGCGUUUCUAUGGUCGGACGAGGUCGUGGGCAGCGCAGAGGAAGACGGGGGCAUAGGGCAGGACGGAGCGUUAACCAUCAGCGCUUGGCGGCAUAUCGCGAUUGCGAUAUCAAACCGGAAAUUCGCCAAGGGGUUCGACAACGAGGGAGACGAGGACGACGACGACGAGGACGACGACAUAUGGGACCUACAGGCCGCACACAGCACGCAUGUUGCAGGAAUGGUGUAUGCACGUGGGCUACAGCAGGGCAUGUUCGGGACGGAGGCACGGCGGGAUCAGUUCCGGGCCAUCAGCCGGCAGUGGCAUCAUUUUCUCGACUUCGGAGCCGAGGACCGCAAGGGGGCCGGGUUGGGCAGGCGCCGACGCGAGGCCUUUGAGACGCAGCGCGAAGAGGCGCGGUUCCAGCGGCUGAGGCGCCUAUGCCAGGUCGACCCACGCGGGCAGCUACGGACGAUGAUGGGCGAGGGGGCCGCAUUCCGGGGGCAGCAGGAGAGGGUGAUCCGGGCCAUCUGCCGCGGCAUGAGCCCGAUCGUGCAGGUCACCGGCACUGGGGGCGGCAAGAGCCUAUCGUUUAUGCUGCCGGCGUUUUGCUCCGCCGACGGCACGACGAUCGUGGUAAUCCCGUUAGUGUCGCUACGGGAGGACCUAUACCGGCGUUGCGACGAGGCCGGGAUAUGCACGCACAUCUGGGGAAGCCAGCAGGGCAUGCAGACGGCGACGCUCGUGUUCGUGACGCCCGAAUCAGCCGUGACGAAAGGAUUCCAUGACUUUGUGAACAGGCUACUAGCGCGGCAGGCGCUAGACCGGGUGGUGGUGGACGAGUGCCACGUCCUGCUGGACGGCGACGCCAUGUUCCGGCCACAGCUGUUGGCGCUAGGGGCCACCAUGCAGCAAUGGGGCGUGCAGACAGUGUUCCUAACGGCGACGUUGCCGCCGGCGGAUGAGGCCGCAUUCUAUAGGGCAGCGAGCUUAUCAGCGAAGCAGGUGGUGAUAUUUAGACAGCAUACGACGAGGAAGAAUAUUGGGUAUAGGGUAGAGGUUAUACGUGGGGGCAUAGACGAGGAGGACAGUAAGGUAUGCCAGAUCGUGCGGCAGUGGCUGAACCGGCACGAAGGCGGCAGGGCCAUCGUAUACGCCGGAACGAUUGCGCGGGUCGAGGCGUUGGCGGACACGCUCGUAUGCGAGCGGUACCACUCCAAGGUGACACGGCAGAGGGGAAGAUGA